AAACCGGAAAUAAAUGGCAAGAUGCGUUUUUUUAACGACUGGCAGUACUAGAAAAUACGACUGCCUGAUAUCAUCAUUGCUCGGCAGUAUUUACUAUGUAGGCACAAGGUAGUACAUCCCCCAUCUAGGCCCAUGCAGGAAGGGGGUGUAUUUCGUGCAUAACAAGUCCUGGGUUGUUUUAUGGAAUCCGGUGCUCUUUCCUUCGAAAUCACGUAGACGAAGAUAGCCAUGACUAGGGUUUAUUGUAGAGUAUGGCAUCGCUCGACGAUGUUCUCGUGUCAAGAAAGCCUUGGCGACAACGCAGCCCAAAGUUUCGUCGCGGCCUCCUCAUCCACGCUGUCUACUACGUUUCGGCGUUAAGAUGGGCGCUAGCGAUCAACAAGAAAGACAUUGCGGACCGAGCAACUGCACAGUCUUCGAGGUUGGUGAGGAGGGAGCAACUACCACCAGGAAAGACCGGCGCUUCACUGAAUGAUGAUAAGCAACAACUACAAGGAGAACAUGCCGCUGCAACACUGGAAGAUACUAAGUUUACCUUUGCUGGUGCGCAGCAUUCUCGAUCUGAACUCGAUGAUGAUGACGUGUCACCGAGACAUAACUCUUGGACGCAAACUGACCAUCGAAAGCGGAAGCGAAGACGGGCCACGUCUAAGCCGAAUCAUGAGCAGAACCUUGUUUCGAUAGAGGAUAAUGCCGGAAAUGAAACGAGAGAAGGUGGCGAGCUGCUUGAAGCGAACAACAGGCCCUCGAAUGAUACAGACGCAAACCGUAUUAGCCUUAGCGCAAAGCUGGCUUCUGAAGACAGUGAUACAGGUGAAGUUAGCGCACGGCUGGCUGCUGAGGACAGUAGGAAUAGUACUUCGAAUGAUACAAAUGCAAAUGUAUCGACAGCUGAUGCUACUGCAACCAGUUCAGCAGGAACGGUCGAAGAGGAAGAUGCGAGUGUCGUGGAUGGCGCAAAAAAUUUCAUCAGCGAUCCGAACAACAGGAUGCACGUCGGUCUAAUAGGUGGCAGCAUCUUUAUCAUCGUAUUUUUAUGAGCAUGGUUACAAGAUGUUGAUGUACUUCGAUAUCGAUUACAUUGUUCGAUUUUAACGGUGUCCCAGUUACAGCUGCGAAGGACCAGCUGCGUAACUUAAUCAAUCAGGACUACUAAUUGUUAUCAGGGACUACGACGGACUACUACUUUAGUCACACUGUUCUUUCCCUCGUCUGAACUUGCAAUAGGUAUCCCGUUACCUGAUGUUGUCUUCUUGUUCUAUUAUGAAGUUGUCCUUCUCAUCCUGCUCCUCUCAUCGUCAGUUUGCUGCUUUGCCCCCGCAAUCGAUAUUCCGACACACGACGCUGAUCUCAAAGAAGAUGGAGACAAUUUGCAAAGGGACAUGAUUAAGACUGCAAUAUAUAUCUCAGCUAGACUUUCAGGUCAUCUUUCCUGAAGAGUUUGAUUGAGUAUCCCUCUGACAUUCUUCAAGGAUGCAGGUCAAAGAUGAAUCAUGGGUACUACAUGAUCUAACAUGAACACGCAAGAUGUGAGGAUGAAGCGGAAAGUUGCAAAGCAACGGCAAAAGCGCGAGAACGAGUUGCAGAAAGAAGCUAUUUCAGCCGCACUUGAAUAGUACGACAGAACUCGUGCAAUGAGAAACGAGAUACCCGACACUGUCUGACUGAUAGAAUCAAUUUGGCACUCACCAUGUGAGGAUGAACCGGAAAGUCUUGAAGAUGACCCUGGUGUACAGGAGCUCCGAACUUGAUAUUUACUGUAUGUAAGUAUCAUGUCUGUAUAGAUUGAUACAUUGUGACAGAUUAUCAUCGAACGAGGAAGUUCAACUUUUCCCUGUGGAGUAUUUGAGUACUGAAGGGAGGCUGAGCUGCAUCGAUUCUGUGACACAGAAGGGUCUAUGAGUUGCGCUGGUACUCUUACGGAAGCGAG